AUGUUAUUACUACAGUUCUCUUUUUCUUUUAUUAGAAAAGAGAGAUUUCGAAAAACUGCUAAGGUUCAUGCACCAGUUGAAGGUCAUAUAGAGUGUAGUGACAAAACUGAUGAGUUGAAAUCAACUUCUUUUGUUAUUCCCUUACCUAUAGAGAUUCCUGGGAAUUCAGGGAAGAAGGUCAAGGAAUUGAGUCAUGAAACCUCCUUUAGAGAAGCUAAGGAGUUUGAAUACGAAGGGGAAGAUGAGCACGAUGAAUGCCUUUCAAUGAACAGGGACAGUUUUGAUUUUGAUAUUCAAGGCCAUCUUGGAAGCAUAAAUGAGGAAUCUGAUCGAUCAGUUCACAAAAAGAUGAAUCUUUGUUACAAGCUCAACAAUUAUGUAAAUGAUCAGCACCAAAAUAAGAAAUCUGAGAAAAAUGAAGAUGUCUUGGAAAUCAUUAAGACUGGAAACGUUAGUGAUCCGGGGAUUGGUAAACGAGAAUCUUGGACUUGUACAGUACUUAAGCGCUCCUGCUCAGAUUUGGCAAUGAGGGAUACCUUAAAAAAGAUUAGUCUGAAGCCGCCACCACCUCCAAAAUCCCAGUCAUUUGAAGAAAUGCAGAGAUUAGCUGAGAAGUUGCCUAUUGGAAGUCCAGUUUCAGUAUCUUCACAUUGUAGUGCUGACAAAGUUAUGCUGAGAAAACAUUCCUCAAGCCAAAUCCUACCAUCCAGAAGUCGAAAGUUGUGGUGGAAACUCUUUCUAUGGAGCCAUAGGAACGCAAAAGAAACAAGCAAUUGCAAACCACAGCCAAUCCCUAUUAAAAUAACUCUAAGCAAGCAAGGUGGAUACUCUUCAGACACUCUAGAACCAGGGCAAGGCAUGGACUUAAGCAAGUUGGGAUCACAUGCUUCAUUCACUGGGAAAUCGUUGAAAAAGGGGAGCAAUAACAUCCAUGGAGUAACUGGUAUGUGGCCACAAAAUCAGUGGGUUGCAUGCCCUGCUGAAUCUUCUACAUUCUCAAGAGUUGAUGAAUGGGUGAAAGAACUUUCUGUUAGUCCACCACACUUAAUUGAUGAAGAUGAUGAUCACAUUGAAGAUGACCGUGAGUUCCUACCUUCAGCCCAUGCUGGUAAAUCAAUUGCAAGAAACUCAUCGCUCAUGAUUAGGCGUCCAAAUGCAAAUGUGCCAGCAGAGAUAAUACAUGCCAACAACGUGAUCCAGUCUCUCAAUUCAUCCUCAACGGUUGCUCACAUUGCAGGCAUUGGACUUAGAGUUAACCCUGUAAUGUCACACUUCUCCAGUCUUCGAUCAGUCAAUUUAUCAGGCAACUCCAUAGUUCAAAUAACUCCAGGAUCAUCGCCAAAUGGUCUUCAUGUUCUUAAUUUAUCAAGGAACCAGAUUCACACAAUUGAAGGUCUCAAGGAAUUGACUCGUUUGCGGGUGCUUGACCUCAGUUACAAUAGAAUUUCUCGGAUUGGACGAGGUUUAUCAAAUUGUAUACUCAUCAAGGAGCUCUACAUUGCUGCUAACAAAAUAAGUUAUGUGGAGGGGCUGCAUAGGCUUUUCAAGCUGUCAGUUCUUGACCUGAGUUUCAACAAGAUAACUACAACUAACGCUCUUCGCCAACUUGUGGCAAACUAUAACUCUCUGAUUGCUCUAAAUCUGUUGGGCAAUCCAAUCCAGUGCAUUAGUGAUUACCAACUACGUAAGACAGUGUGCAGUCUUCUUCGGAAGCUAGUUUUCCUGAAUAAACAACCUAUUAAUCCACAAAAGGCACGAGAUCAAGCUGUUGCAGAAGCAACACUUGGUAACAGCAGCCGAAGCACUAGUAGCAGAACAAACAGGAAAGUCAAUCUUGGAAAUUGUGCAUCUACCAGGACGCACAGGGGCAGUGCCCUUAUUGCUCAAAAGAGUAGGCAAAGGCUAAGAAGCCGAACUCAAAAUCAAUCUUCCAAGGCCAAUUUUUCUUCUCUGGCAUCUUCUUGUCGCUAAAUAUUCUCAAACUCUCUGAUAGUGCACCUUAUUGUUUCUGGUUUGCUUUUCAAUUAUUCAUUUUAAAUAGAGGUUCUUCCUUAUUCUUCGUUGCA